UCGUUGUGGUUGGAGUGGAAUAGGAAUUUCAUGACGGUGUAACCGUUGUUACGUUAAAAAAUUGGGUUAUAAUUUGAAAGACGAAACUGUAUUUUUUGUGAUUCGCCCUUUUUUUUUCGUUUUAAUUUGUACUUUAAACCGCUAAAAAUGCUUCGCCUUUGUGCUCGUCCAUUGAACAGAAAUCUGUUUCGUGUGACGAGAUUGUAUUCUACUCCAGCCGCUGCGACCAAACAUCAGCUCACGCCUGAAGAAAUUUUCAAGCGGGAGGACACUUAUGGCGCCCACAACUACCAUCCUCUUCCAGCAGCUUUGGCAAAGGGUGAAGGAGUAUUCGUCUGGGAUGUGACUGGAAAGCGAUACUUCGACUUUCUCGCCGCUUACUCGGCUGUGAACCAAGGACAUUGCCAUCCUCGAAUUGUGAAAACGCUUCAAGACCAAGCAGAAAUCUUGACGCUGACCUCUAGAGCGUUUUAUAACGAUGUUUUGGGGGAAUUCGAAGAGUUUGCUACAAAACUUUUUGGCUAUGACAAACUACUGCCCAUGAACACGGGAGUCGAGGGAGGUGAAACAGCUUGUAAGUUGGCGCGAAAAUGGGGUUAUCAGGUGAAGGGAAUUCCAGCAAACAAAGGCAAAAUUGUCUUCGCUGAAGAGAAUUUUUGGGGAAGGACGUUAGCCGCGGUGUCAUCGUCAUCUGAUCCAGACUGUUACGGUGAAUACGGUCCUUUUAUGCCAGGCUUUGAACUCAUUCCGUACAACGACCUUGCUGCUUUGGAGAAAUCUAUAAGUGAUCCAAACACGUGUGCGUUCAUGGUGGAACCAAUACAAGGAGAGGCUGGAGUAAAGAUUCCUGAUGAUGGAUACUUGAGAGGUGUUAGAGAGCUCUGUUCAAAGUACAAGGUUCUUUUCAUUGCUGAUGAAGUACAGACUGGCCUUGGGAGAACUGGAAGGCGCUUGUGUGUUGAUCAUGAGAAUGUCAGACCAGACCUUGUUGUCCUUGGAAAAGCUCUCUCUGGUGGAGUUUACCCAGUUUCAGCAGUUCUCUGUGAUGAUGAAGUUAUGCUUACCAUCAAACCAGGACAGCAUGGCUCAACUUAUGGUGGAAACCCACUUGGCUGCAAAGUGGCUGUAACUGCUUUAAAAGUUUUGGAAGAAGAAAAAAUGGCUGAACGUGCUGCCAGGCUUGGAGACAUCAUGGUUCCAGAACUGAAGAAGCUGAACCCAGCUGUUGUCAAGACUGCUCGUGGCAAGGGACUUAUGAAUGCUAUAGAGAUAAUACCAACAAAUGACUUCGAUGCCUGGAAGGUGUGUUUAAAACUGAAGGAUAAUGGUCUUCUAGCUAAACCUACUCAUGAUCACAUUAUUCGCUUUACACCGCCUUUGGUGAUCACAGAGGAACAGCUCCACGAAUCCCUUGGAAUAAUUAGGGACACUAUUGAGUCAUUUGCUUGAGUGUGACAGUAUUGUAAAGGGUAUUCUCAUUUUUUUUUUCAUUCUGUUUUGUUUUGUUGUUAUUUUUGUGGUUGUAAUAUGACAUGUAGGAAAAGUGUGUUUACCUGAAAUUCAUUUCAUUUUUUUUUUUUCCAUUUUUUUUGGUGACAAAACUGAUAUAACGAAACACCAGGGCAGCCCUUGGGGUGUCUAUCUCCAGAUAUGUUGAAUUUUCUUAAUAGGAACUAAACAAUGUGCUAAAAUUAACCAACUAUGGUUUUGACAGUACUCAAUUAGACUUACUGAUAGACUUUUACAGGACUUUUCUUCCCUCUUUAUGUUCACUGUUGUGAUGAUUUGGACAGAAUUCACUUGGAAUGACCUGUGACGUUUGGUACGAGUUAUUUCAAGCAAGCUUUUGUGUUGCUUGUUAAAAAACAGAGCGUAAUUAUUAAGGUACAACUGUAGGUUAUUUUUGUGAAUUGUAAACAAUCUUAAGAUACAGUAAGCUUCUUUUUUUGUUGUAUAUCAAUGUAAGUGGGUUGUCAAUAGACAUUUCCCUGCUCAAAAGACUGCCUAAAAGGGAUAUUUCACCUUAGCCAUUGUAUUAGGAAAGUUUGAAUGUUUUGUCAUUUAAAAGGGCCAUUCUUUAGGUUAGCAUGACAGAUAAGACUGACAAGGGAGAAACACAGUCACAUCACUCAUUUCAUUCCAUAUACCAACAAAUCUUUUGUUUACUAACAACUGUAACUGAUAUAUUAGAUAGUAGUAGCACAAGAAAGUUAAUUAGCACAAUUAUUUGGCAGAAUUGCACAAGGUAAAUAGUCGAGCAAGCCAAAACAUAACAGAAGUAUAGAAAAUUAUCACACUAAUAGUCAUUAAAACAAUGUACCAUUAUCAUAAAGUAGAGCACACUGCAUAACCCACAGCCUUCACGUUUGGUUAGCUUUUGGAAGCAGACCUCACAGUGAAUGGUGGAAGAGAAGAGAAGAGAAGCGAAGCCAAACCAAGAAUCCUUUUUGUGGUUGAUAAACUCAUGGAAGUUAUCCCCAAGGAGGUGUAUUAUUUUUUGUUAUAUUUUUAAUGUUUUUGUUUUUGUUUUUGAGGGAGGGGCACAAUCAUUCAUGAGACAGAAGACAUAAGACUGAAGUUAAAACUCAAGGAGUUGAUGGUGUUGCAUGUCAUUUUAAGGAAAUUUAUAUAAUUAUUUGAAAACUGUAUUUUCACAGUCUUGCCAGUAUUCAUUUACUAGUUCAACAUAAUUUAACAGGGAAAAAACAGUUAGAUUAUCAAUUAUUUUUAUAUAUUUUUUUGUUUUAGCUUUGAGACAAAUAAUUUACAUAUGAGACAAGAUGAAUUGAACUUGCCAAUGUGUUUACUAGAGAAUCCAUUUGCUGCUUCAAUUCUGUGUGAUACACUGUGUUAAAAUACAUAUAUGUAACAGCUAAGUUUUAAAAGUUAUAAACAGUACUAACAGUAAUUUGCUAACAAUGGUAAAAUUUUGGUACAGCCCCAUGCUGUUAUCAAAUAAAGUCUUAGCGCUGAAUGCAAUCUUGCUAUUGUUUCCUUUAACUAAGAACUGUAUGCAUAGUGUAGUAUGGGGCUGUGCAGAGGAAAUCUUACCCUAACAACAGACUAAGCAAUAUAACAAUAGAGUAAUGCUAAGUACUAAUAAGACAAUUUUUCCCUUCAACUGGACUGUGUUGGUGCAGACCUGAAAUGCCCACCAUCUGAGUUGAGGAAGAAGAUGAUGAUGAUGAUGAUGAAGAAGAAGAAAAAUGAAACUGAAGUGUCUGAGUGGUUGAUAAUGGUGUAUCCCACUGGAUCUUCAUAUUUCUUGUACCAAGGAUGCAAGUGUAGUACUGUGUCAAUUGGUUUUCAAGAAGUGCUAACAGAAACUGGACAAGACAGUAUAGCAAACAGCUACAAUGGACAAAAAACUUGACUUAUUUGUUUUUGUUUAUGUCAAAGUGUUAUAAAAUGUGUUACAGUUAUCAAGAAAAUCUGUCAUGUUUUUGUUUGUAAAUGGAAUCUGUCAAUCCUGUGCCUCGUUCUUUACGUGUAUCUAUAAACCUAGCAACUGAAUACCAUGACUGAAUGAAAUCUGUGCAGUGCUAUGGAGGUGUGUGGCUCUCCUUGGAAAGAUUAAACUAGGAACACACUGUUGAAAUAUCUACAAGUGACUAAAACUGACGUAACCAGGAAACAUUCCAGUGAAGAAUCAUGGAAGUGGAAGGACAUCACUGGUCUGACUUCAAAACAAGACUUGUUACUUCGCGCAAACGUUAAGAUAGAAACCAGCUAAGCAAUCAAAGUAAGGUGGAACAUAUGAAUGACUAUCUCAUGGAUUUCAAGGAGGGGUUAAGGAAAUGCCUCCUUCUUAUCCUUUGUGUUCUUGGACUGAAAUGUUUUAGGAAAAAAUUGUAUAGGCCUCCAAACAAGACAGAGACAGAGAUCAGGAACAGACAAGACAACAAACAGAUCAAUUUUUAACAGUUGAAGACACUACGUACGAAAGAGGAAUCCAUACAGAGGGGAGGGGAGGAGGAGGAGGCAAAUAAAAGUUGCACAGCUCUGCAGAAAGAGCGGCGACAGUGACCCAAGCAAGCAUCAGCAACAAAGACAGCAGGUGGAGAGUUGAAGCCAUGAACUUCCUCUACACCUGGUGAUAUACUAUUUUACGACAAAACGUUAACUACUCACUAUACUUGAACUUUGUAAAGUGGAAUGAAGUGUGUGAAGAAGACAACAAAAAGAGGAAAUCUUACCAGGAGAUGUGAAAAGGUCCAACAAGAAACUCAUGAGCACAAACAGUUUGUGGACAGCUCACAAACACAGAUUUCAACAAUGUACUAAACAUGUAUCACAUUAACAAGUUAAUCAACUAAUUAACAACAUGACUUGACUGUAAUGGACAUGGUGUGUCCACAGAGAAGCAGCAAAUAUUUAACUCUUCCACCCCACUAGUGAUCACACUUUAAAUUCUCUUUACAGGCUUGAUACCCUGUGAAACAGUUAGGUAAUAAGAAGUAAGAAAAUCAUCGUACAGUUUGGAUGAAAUACUUAAUCUUUGUAGUAGUUAAAAAAAAGAAUAUUUUUCUGUUGGUUGGGAGUAUUAGUUUACUAGUCUGGAGAGAGAAAACGUGUCACGGAAGCUGUACUUUACAUCUUUUUCAGUGAGAAACGUCUCUUUAGUUGGUUUCGAGCUGUAAUUUUGAACUGUAGAAAUGGCUCUUUAAGGUUGUUGUGCUUAAUCUUUCUAAUGACAUGCAAAACAUCAUUCCAGACAAACGAGACUGAACUGAGACUAAAACCAAUGGUACUGUUAUUGGGAUAUGGUAGAAAUUACUUAAGGGUUCAGAGAGUCAGUGGCUAGGGUGAAAUGUCCAUUUCAACAAAUGUUUUUUGUUUGUUUGUUUGUUUGUUUUUUUAUCGUCGUUUUUCUUAAGCAAGAACAGUGAAUAUGGCAGUGUUACACUUACAACACUAGGGAACCAAACCUUAUGUUUUGUCACCGAUAGUAUUGUUUUGCAACUUUUCUCCAACAUGGCUCUUGUGAGCCUAUGAUUAAAGAUUAUUGAUGUUUUUCUUUUCAGUUUUUUUUCUCGUUUUUUCCUUCACAUUUUAAAUCCCUAGCAAAGUAUUUAAAGGUGUUAAUGUAAGUUGAACUGAGUGUAGUAUAAUUAUUUAACUUUAAUGUUAGUAGAAAACUCUGUUCCUGAUUAUUACCAUCGUGUGUUGAGGAACUUUGUUAUGUUUAUCUCUACACCCACCCUACGAAUUGAGUCCCAUAGAUCAUCUAUGUGGGAAGCUCUAGCUUGGACACGUCUUUGUAAUGCGUUGACAAAGCGCCUUGUUGUAUCUUUAUUUUACUAUCAUGGUAAAUAAUAGGGAUAUUAAAGGUCUGACUAACUUAUCAGU